AUGUUCACGUUUUCCCGUUUCAUCUCGUGCAUUGGCUCAGAGCAUAGGAUGAAGCACUUUUUUCUUCCUCCUUCCUUUCAUUCGAGACUUUCCUCGGCAAUCAUCGAGGGCUACAAUGGGCAAUAUGCCGGCGACAGUCCCAGCCAGGGUGCUGAUGCCGGUCCUAGUCCGGCGAAUUGGACUAACCUUCAUCAUCUCUCCAAUCUUGAGAGUUGCAACCAAACCGUCCUCUUUGGCUUCAAUAUUCACAACUCUACCUACAUGGCUGCUGCUGCCCCUACUGUGCCGCAACAGCAAAGCCAAAACAACCUAACCGUUGCCGAACGUUGUGGUGCCAAGACGGUUAAGACAACUUUCACUCCUUCAAAUCUAGGUUCGGGGUCUGGUGCUGCUCCUCAGGAUACUGAUUUGGCCGAGGCUAUUCAUCAACUUGCCAUCUACGUGGAGGCGAGUGCUGAAUGUGGUUCUACCAUCUUGUUUGCGAGGCACAAUUUGGCCGUUGUUGGCCUCUAUUCUGGUGCGCAAGUCACCAAAAGGGCCACAGGGCUCUUACUUGAUUCCUUCGCGGAAACGGAAGCAUCUGCUCUACAGAUUUGUCAGCCUUCCGAUACAGCCCUGACGGUGGCUGGCGAUAUUUUCAGCUGGCUUUGCUGA